UCGCGCAUAAAUACUGUGUUCUGCUGCCCCGGAAGUGAUUCCUUCGCACGUGUGGCUAACAUUGCGUCAGUACCAGUAAGACAGACCCCUGAACAUGAACCUUCGUUGUUUCUUUCGUCAUCACUGGUCAACAUUCGAGGAUUCUCGGCGAUGGUGACUUUAUACCGCGCUCUCAGGCAAGUUUUUAGCGAUAUUCGUUUCAGACUGGGCGCCCCGACGAUGCCUGAGUCUGUCAGCACAGCGGUGCUUCAGAAUCCCACAAGGACGGUCAUUGUUGGCCUGGGUAACUACAGUAUGCCUGACACAAGGCACAGCGUGGGGAUGAGGGUGGUGGACAAGCUGGCUGAAUACUACAACAUGCAGUGGAGAAGAGCAAGAGACUGUGGUGGCGACGUCGCAACUACAACCCUUGAUAAACACAGUGUUGUUGUCCUGAAACCACGGGCGUUCAUGAAUGUGAACGGCGAAAGUGUUGCCAAGACCGUCAGAAGAUUCCAGGUAAAGCCAGAAGACGUCAUUUUGGUUCACGACGACUUGGACAAGCCCCUUGGGUCGUGUGUGCUGAAGGAAGGGGGCUCGGCUAGGGGACACAACGGAGUUCGUUCGGCCAUAAGUUGUCUAAAUUCCACGGCUAUGAGAAGGGUACGAGUCGGGAUUGGGCGACCGGCAGCGAGAGAAAAAGUGACCUCCUAUGUUCUCGGUCGUUUCAGUCGAGAGGAGGAGGAAGUGGUUGCGACCAUGAUGGACAGAUGUGUGGACAUUCUCGUCAAGCAGCUACGGGACAAGUCUGGCCUACAAUAAUGUGCUUUUCUAUUAGAAACUAGCCUGGUAUCCGGCUGUAUUAUAGCUCCUACACUCUACAUAAGGCCACAGCAAGUAAAUCUUAUGGAUGACAUGAGCGCGCUCAUUAAUUUUUGCCUGAUUUUAGAAG